GUUUUGCCUUAUAGUGGCAUAUACAAUAAAAGAGUUGCACGUCGAUUUAACACUUCUCUAAAACAAAUAAUGAAAUGCAUAAAUAAAAGAACGUGGGGGAGUACUUGGUCUGUAAGUUAUCAGCGGUAUCCCGCAGGGUUUUGCCUUGGGACCAAUAGAGCUUUCGCCCCCCAUCCUUUCUCGCAACUGACACUCCUCCGUGCAGUCGCAGAGAAUCAACAGCUUCUUUCACACUGAGGAUGAGGAUGAUGCCACACAUGUAGACGAGCAUGAUAGACCGCGUUUAGGAUCGAGAUCGUCCGUGGAUUCCUUUGCGCAAAAAAUUCUGAAUGAAAGACGUGCAUUUUUUUCUCCCUGAAAUUUCUCAAGGCGUGAAUUCGCUCCUCAAGUCCGUGAAUGCUGAGAUUUAACGAGACUUUCUAUCCCGGUGUCAAAUAGACAACAAGCUAUUCAUGUUGCAACCUCAAGCUUCAUGACAAUGGAUUAUUCGCUGUUAUUAUACAGCCUUUGGGUACCCGUUAUUCUCGCUGUAGAGGAGACUCUUAUGGACAGCAGGUGGGCUACUACAGAGCUGGCGUGGACCACCUAUCCAGAAAGCGGGUGGGAGGAAGUGAGUGGAUAUGAUGACCACUUGAGCCCCAUCAGGACAUACCAGGUCUGUAAUGUACUGGAGCCCAAUCAGAACAACUGGCUCCGGACAGACUUCAUCCCCCGUCGAGGAGUCCUUCGAGUCUACGUGGAGCUCAAGUUCUCAGUGCGGGACUGUGGCAGUAUUCCCAAUAUUCCCGGCUCCUGUAAGGAGACCUUUAAUCUGUUCUACUAUGAAUCGGAUGGAGACAUGGCCACAGCAAGCAGUCCACCAUGGAGGGAGACCCCCUAUGUAAAGGUGGACACCAUAGCCCCUGACGAGAGCUUCUCAUUGCUGGAGUCUGGAAUCGUCAACACCAAAGUACGGAGCUUCGGUCCACUUUCCAAAGCUGGUUUCUACCUGGCCUUCCAGGACCUGGGCGCCUGCAUGUCCCUCAUCUCGGCCAGGGUUUUCUUUAAAAAGUGCUCCACCACCAUUGCCAACUUCGCUGUCUUCCCCGAGACGGCCACUGGUGCCGAGGCCACCUCUCUGGUCAUCGCCGCCGGAGCCUGUGUGCCAAACGCCGUAGAGGAAUCGGUCCCUCUAAAACUGUACUGUAACGGAGAUGGAGAAUGGAUGGUUCCUGUGGGAGCGUGCACCUGCAUGCCGGGCUUUGAGCCGGCCAAGAAAGAUACUCAGUGCCAGGCGUGCACCCCGGGGACCUUUAAAUCCAAACAGGGCGAGGGUUCUUGUAUGCCGUGCCCUUCCAACAGCCAGGCCAGCUUUAGGGCAUCCAGCAUUUGCCCUUGUCAAAGCGGCUACUACCGCGCUGACAGCGACCCCCCAGAUGCCGCCUGCACUACGGUUCCCUCGGCUCCAUUAAACGUGAUCUCCAGCGUGAACGAGACUUCGGUGUCACUGGAGUGGUCCGAGCCGCGGGAUUUGGGCGGGAGAGGUGACGUGGUGUAUAACGUGGUGUGUAAGAAGUGCCUGCACGAUGGCGGGUCCUGUGCUCGGUGUGAUGAUAACGUGGAGGUGUCCCCGCGGCGCCUGGGUCUGGCCGAGAGGCAGGCGGCGGUGAGGAAUCUACAGGCUCACACCCAUUACAGCUUUGAGAUCCAGGCUGUCAACGGGGUGUCCCCCAAGAGCCCAUCCACCCCGCAAUAUGCCACUGUCAAUAUCACCACCAAUCAAGCAGCUCCAUCAGCGGUCCCCACCGUCCACUUAAUGCGGGCCACAGCUGGCACUCUCAGCCUCUCCUGGCUGCCCCCAGAGUGGCCCAAUGGCGUGAUCCUGGAUUAUGAGAUCAAGUACCAGGAGAGGGGAGAGUCGUUCUCGCACACCGUCACUGCACAGCACACUUCUGCCAAGGUGGAGGGUUUAAAAGCUGGCACGGUGUACGUCGUGCAGGUCCGUGCUCGGACCGUAGCAGGUUACGGACGCUAUAGCAGCCCAGUGGACUUCAGUACAAGUUUGUAUGAUGACCCGGAGCGGUCAGUGCAGGACCUGUUGCCGCUCAUUGUGGGCUCUGCCUCGGCUGGAUUUGUGGUCAUCCUCGCCAUGGUGGUCAUUGCUGUUGUCUGCCUUAAACGGCAGCGUACUGGCUCUGAGCUGGAGUAUACUGAAAAACUGCAGCAGUACGUAUCCCCCGGUGUAAAAGUUUACAUUGACCCUUUUACAUAUGAAGACCCGAAUGAAGCCGUCCAUGAGUUUGCCCGAGAGAUUGACAUCUCAUGUGUGAAGAUAGAGGAAGUCAUUGGAGCAGGAGAGUUCGGGGAGGUGUGUCGAGGCCGACUCAAGCAGCCUGGCCGAAAGGAGACCACCGUGGCCAUCAAGACGCUGAAGGCGGGCUACACGGAGAGCCAAAGACGAGACUUCCUUAGCGAGGCCAGCAUCAUGGGCCAGUUUGACCAUCCCAAUGUCAUCCACUUGGAGGGAGUUCUGACCAGGAGCUGCCCGGUGCUUAUAGUUACAGAGUUCAUGGAGAACGGAGCGCUCGACUCCUUCCUUAGACUGAACGAUGGCAGGUUUACAGUAACGCAGCUGGUUGGCAUGUUGAGGGGGAUCGCAGCUGGCAUGAAGUAUCUGUCCGACAUGAACUACGUCCAUCGUGACCUGGCUGCCCGUAACGUGCUCGUCAACAGCAACCUGGUGUGCAAAGUGUCCGAUUUUGGCCUCUCUCGCUUUUUGGAUGAUAACUCGUCAGACCCCACCUACACCAGCUCACUGGGGGGAAAGAUCCCAAUCCGCUGGACCGCCCCCGAGGCCAUCGCCUUCAGAAAGUUCACCUCUGCGAGUGAUGUGUGGAGUUAUGGGAUCGUAAUGUGGGAGGUUAUGUCAUUCGGGGAGCGCCCAUACUGGGACAUGAGUAAUCAAGAUGUAAUGAACGCAGUGGAGCAGGACUACAGGCUGCCUCCUCCCAUGGACUGCCCCGCAGUGCUGCACCAGCUCAUGCUGGAGUGCUGGGUGAAGGAGCGGAACAUGAGGCCGCGCUUCGGACAGAUCGUCAGCACACUUGACAAGCUCCUCCGCAACGCCGCGAGCCUCAAAGUGCUUACCAGCACAAACUCAGGUGAUCUCUGUCGAGUUGGCGGGACUCUGCCGGGCCAUCAGAGGAAGAGUAUAGGAGAUGCACAAGACAUGAAAGAACAAAUGAGCCAAACUCUGCCCAUACGGGUUUGACUGAUUAAA